CUGGCAAGCAGCCAACCUUCAUUGUCGGCUGUCGCGUCGGUAAUCGUUUGCAUCUUCUUGAGCCAAGAGAAUAAAUGUAUUUUUUUACUGUUCAUUGGUGAUGGAAACACUUAUAUUAUAAAUAUAACGAAUACACAAGACUAAAUAGACACAAUGGCUGCAGGUCCUAUUGCAGAAAGAAAUCAAGAUGCUACAAUAUAUGUUGGAGGUCUUGAUGACAGAGUUACAGAGAGCUUGCUAUGGGAAUUAUUUGUUCAAGCAGGACCCGUGGUGAAUGUUCACAUGCCCAAAGAUCGGGUGACACAAACUCAUCAAGGAUAUGGAUUUGUUGAGUUUAUGGGUGAAGAAGAUGCAGACUAUGCUAUAAAAGUUAUGAACAUGAUAAAGUUAUAUGGAAAACCAGUAAGGGUGAAUAAGGCAUCAGCACAUCAAAAGAAUCUUGACGUGGGAGCCAAUGUGUUCAUCGGGAACUUGGAUCCUGAAGUUGAUGAGAAACUAUUGUAUGAUACAUUCUCUGCAUUUGGAGUCAUAUUACAAACACCAAAGGUUAUGAGAGAUCCAGAGACAGGCAACUCAAAAGCGUUUGCUUUUAUAAACUUCGCAUCAUUUGAAGCGUCAGAUGCGGCGAUAGAAGCUAUGAACAACCAGUAUCUAUGUAACAGGCCGAUAUCGGUAUCAUAUGCCUUUAAGAAAGAUGUUAAAGGUGAAAGACACGGUUCUGCAGCUGAGAGAUUACUCGCAGCACAAAACCCUCUGUCUCACGCGGACAGACCGCAUCAACUGUUCGCAGAUGCCCCUCCUACCAUUCUCGGUCCGAUGAUGAUGGCCCCACCACCACCACCAACCCCAACGCCCAUGCCACCACCGGGCCCGCCGAUGAACGCGAGACCUCCACCCCCAUUACCUAUGUCUGCACCACCCCCACCACCCACAUCCAUGCCACCUCCAGGGCCACCACCACCACCAGGGCCACCGCCACCGCCUCCACCUUUCCAUCACUUCCCUCCCCCUCCCUUUGGGCCACCAGGGUUUGGUCCACCUCCACCUCCAGGGGCAAGGCCACCACCGCCAUGGAGACCCCCGCCACCACAGUUCCGGCCGCAGUUCCCCCCUCGUGGGCCGCCGCCGUUUGGGCAUCCGCCGUUCCCUCAUCACCCUCCGGAACCAAAUUAUAAUUAUUAAGAGCUUUUAAAUAUAAUUUAAGGAAUGAA